UAUUGAAACACUUGUGCUUGGCAUUCAUCAAAGCUUUCUUCUUCUCCUACUUUCUCUUCCUUUUUACUUCCUCUCAACUCAACCAUGGGUGUAAUGUCUGAGAAACCCCUUCAAGAACUUUCUCUUCACUCUACAGACACCACAUUUUCUCCUCCUUCACCUAAGAGGUUGGAAGGAAAAAUAGCUAUUGUAACAGGUGGAGCUAGAGGAAUUGGAGAAGCAACGGUGAGAAUUUUUGUAAAACAUGGUGCAAAAGUGGUAAUUGGUGAUGUUGAAGAUGAACUUGGAAUCAUGCUUGCAAAUUCACUCUCUCCAUCAGCUAUUUAUGUCCAUUGUGAUGUUAGUGUUGAAAAAGAUGUUGAAAAUUUAGUCACUUCAACAAUUUCUCACUAUGGAAAACUUGACAUAAUGUUCAACAAUGCUGGCUUUCUUGGAAACCAAUCCAAGAACAAAAGCAUUGUGAACUUCGACACCGAGGAAUUCGACCGAGUCAUGAAUGUUAAUGUUAAAGGUGUUGCUUUAGGUAUGAAACAUGCUGCAAAGGUUAUGAUACCUAGAGGAAAUGGAUGCAUAGUAUCCACUUCUAGUGUAGCUGGAGUUUUAGGAGGACUUGGUCCACAUGCUUAUACAGCUUCAAAGCAUGCUAUAGUUGGAUUAACAAAGAAUGCUUCUUGUGAAUUGGGAAAAUAUGGUAUAAGGGUUAAUUGCAUUUCUCCAUUUGGUGUUGCAACAUCUAUGCUUGUGAAUGCUUGGAGAAAUGGAGAAGAUGAAGUUGAUGAAGGAAUCAAUUUUGGAUUGCCUUUAAUUGAAGAGGUUGAGAAAAUGGAGGAAUUUGUUAGAGGGAUUGGUAAUUUGAGAGGAACAACUUUAAAGACUCAAGAUAUUGCUGAGGCUGUUCUUUAUCUUGCUAGUGAUGAAUCUAAGUAUGUUAGUGGUCAUAAUCUAGUUGUUGAUGGUGGAAUUACUUCCUCAAGAAAUUGUAUUGGUUUGUGAAGUACUUUCUUAGUAUUCAUUUUCUCUUCUGAUUUCUUUGUGACUUAUUAAUUAAUUAGUUAGUCUUGUUGUUGAUUGAUGAACAAAGUUUUAUCCCACUAAGUGGGAUGGGCUACAUGAUGUAAAACUAUGUUAAUGAUAAUGAUUUUUUUGUGAAUAA